GAGAUUUAAGCGUAAUCAGUAUUCAAUGCUCAAUCACAGCUCAAAUGACGCGUAGUGAUUAAAUAACCAUGCCGAAUUUCUGCUCUCCGGAAAUCCCCUUGAAUCAGUCGUCUGCUAGCCCCUUCAUUGUGCGCAAUGAUUUCGCGUGCCGCCUUUCUUACUGCUCUUCUCAUGCUGAUCUGUGCCAGCCAUGUGGCAUUGGAGUUGAGCAUAACAGUUCCGGGCACAAAGUGGUGCGGACCCGGGAACAUAGCAGCCAACUACGAUGACCUGGGCACUGAGCGAGAGGUGGACAUGUGUUGCCGGGCGCACGACAACUGUGGGGAAAAGAUUCCGCCGCUGGAGGAAGCCUUCGGACUGAAAAACGACGGAAUUUUUCCCAUUUUCUCGUGUUCCUGCGAGGCUGCCUUCCGAAGCUGUCUCACCGCUCUGCGAAACGGCCACUCCCUGGCUCUUGGCAAAAUCUACUUCAACACCAAGGAUGUAUGCUUCGGCUACGGACAUCCCAUCAUUGACUGUCAGGAGCGGCAGGCCGACUUGUUCGAGACUCGAUGUGUCAGCUACAGAGUGGACGAGGGUCAGCCGCAGUGCUGGCAGUUCUACGACUUGGCCUUCUACACACACGUGAGCGGCAGCGCGGAGGACUCCUGAGAUUGAACUUCGACGUCCAGC